AUGGCAAUUUUGAGUUUGUUGAACAUUUUGCUUUUUGUGUUGUUCUUGAGGUCUCAACUUGUGAUUUCUCAAGUGUCUGAUGAUGAAAUUACAUUAUUAGCCAUUGGGAAAGAGUUCAGAUUAUCUGGGUGGGGAAUUAAUAACUCAGGUUACUGUUCUUGGCCUGGAAUUGUUUGCAGCUUGAACAAUUCAACGGUGGAGAAGCUUGAUCUUUCUGGGCAUGGACUUCAAGGUAAUUUCACUCUAAUUUCUGAGCUCAAAGGACUAAAAUGGCUUGAUCUUUCAAACAAUAAUUUCCAUGGAACAAUCCCACCAGUUUUUGGGAAUUUAUCUCAGCUUGAAUUUAUUGAUUUGUCAUUUAAUAAGUUUGAUGGCUCAAUAUCUGUGGAAUUCAGUAGACUCAGAAAUCUUAGAGCAUUGAAUCUUUCGAAUAAUUGGCUAACUGGAGCGAUUCCUGAUGAUCUUGAGAGUCUAGAGAAUUUGCAAGAUUUUCAAAUAUUUACUAAUAAAUUGAACGGUUCUAUCCCAUUGUGGGUGGGGAAUUUGAGUAAUCUGAGAGUUUUUACGGCGUACGAAAACGAUUUGAGUGGUAUGAUCCCGGAUACGUUAGGUGCAUUUUCCGAACUUGAGUUGUUGAACCUUCAUUCGAAUAGGCUAGAGGGGCCGAUUCCUGAGAGCAUUUUUGCUAUGGAGAAGCUUGAAGUUUUGGUUUUGACGCAGAAUUUAUUGGCCGGCAGUAUUCCUGAAUCGAUUGGGAAUUGUAAAGGCCUUUCGAGUAUUAGGAUUGGGAACAACAAUUUCAUUGGGAACAUUCCUAAAGAGAUUGGGAAUAUCAGUAGCCUUACUUACUUUGAAGCGGAUAACAAUGAUCUCUCAGGGGAGAUUGUCUCCGAGUUUUCGAAAUGCUCUAAUCUCACUCUCCUUAAUUUAGCCUCAAAUGGCUUCACAGGAACCAUCCCGACUGAGUUUGGUGAACUCAGCAAUCUGCAGGAGUUGAUUGUUUCUGGGAAUAGUCUGUUUGGAGAGAUUCUCACUUCAAUUCUCAUGGGCAAGAAUCUUAAUAAGCUCGAUUUAAGCAAUAACGGAUUCAAUGGCUCCAUACCGGAGAGCAUUUGCAACACAUCUAAACUGCAAUACCUGCUACUAGGUCAGAAUUCGAUAAGAGGGGAGAUACCUCAUGAGAUUGGGAACUGCACGAAACUGCUCGAAUUACAAGUGGGAAGUAACUAUCUGACAGGAAGUAUUCCUCCCGAGAUUGGACAUUUAAAGAACUUGCAGAUUGCACUUAAUUUAAGCUCGAAUCAUCUCCAUGGUCAAUUGCCCCAAGAGCUCGGAAGACUCGACAAGUUGGUUUCUUUGGACCUCUCCAAUAAUCAGUUCAGUGGAAAUAUUCCGGCUACUCUGAAGGGCAUGCUUAGUUUGAUAGAGGUUAAUUUUUCGAAUAAUCAUUUCACUGGUCCAAUACCUUCCUUUGUGCAGUUUCAAAAGAGCCCAAGUUCGAGCUUUCUUGGAAACAAAGGGCUAUGUGGUGAACCAUUAAGUAUUUCAUGUGGAAGUUUGGAUGCUUAUGGUCAUAAUAAUGAUUACCAUCGCAAGGUCUCGUACAGGAUCAUAUUAGCUGUUAUUGGUUCUGGUUUGACCGUUUUUCUAUCUGUGAUGGUAGUCGUUUUGUUGUUUAUGAUAAGGGAGAAACAAGAAAAAGAGACCAACGAUGUGGGAAUUUCUGCUGAUGAAACUAGUAAUAAGCCAGUAUUAUUAGCAGGAAAUGUUUUUAUCGAAAACCUCAGGCAGGCUAUAGAGUUCGAAGCAGUUGUCAAAGCAACCAUGAAAGAGUCGAACAAGCUCAGUAGCGGAACGUUUAGCAAUGCCUACAGAGCGGACAUGCCUUCAGGGAUGACUUUGUCCGUCAAAAAACUGAAAUUGAUGGAUAAAAUUAUAAUCCAUCAUCAGAACAAGAUGAUCAGAGAACUCGAAAAACUGAGUAAACUCUGUCAUGACAAUCUGAUGAGACCUAUGGGGUUUGUGAUCUAUGAAGAUGUCGUUCUUUUGUUGCACCAAUACUUUCCAAAUGGGACAUUAGCUCAGUUUCUUCACGAUGCUACGAAGAAACUGGAUUACGAACCCGACUGGCCAUCAAGACUUGCCAUUGCCAUCAGUGUGGCAGAAGGGUUAGCAUUCCUCCACCACGUGGCCAUUAUCCACCUCGAUAUCUCAUCCAGUAAUGUAUUUCUAGAUUCCAAUCUUAAGCCUUUGGUCGGUGAAGUUGAAAUAUCGAAUCUCCUCGACCCAUCCAGAGGGACGGCAAGUAUUAGUGCUGUUGCCGGUUCAUUUGGAUAUAUUCCUCCAGAGUAUGCGUAUACAAUGCAAGUUACAGCACCGGGAAAUGUUUAUAGCUAUGGAGUUAUGUUACUCGAGAUCCUUACAACUAGACUACCAGUCGAUGAGGAAUUCGGUGAAGGUAUAGAUUUGGUGAAGUGGGUUCAUACUGCACCUGCACGAGGGGAAACCCCCGAGCAGAUUCUUGAUGCAAGGCUAAGCACCAUCUCCUUUGCUUGGAGAAAAGAAAUGCUUGCGGCUCUAAAGGUGGCCCUAUUUUGCACUGAAAGCACACCAGCCAAACGGCCCAUGAUGAAAAAGGUGGUUGAAAUGCUUAAAGAAAUCACGCAAAACUAG